CGCACAUUCCUCCCCUCCCCCCACCCGCAUUUCAGCAAUGGCGCGUGCUCACAGUGCUGCCUUUCAGCUAAAAGCUUUUUAUGUCCCAGCCCAUUGCAGUGGCAGCAGGAAGGAAGGCUAAGCGGUGGGGGUGGGGAAGGUGGGAGUGGUUAGGGUGAAAAAGAAGGGCUUCCCUAGCCCGUCGCCGGGGCAACUGUGACAUCAUCAAGCACUAAAAGCUUUUAACCGGAUUCCUCUCCCGCUUUAGGCCCCAUUUUGAGUGCUCUUUCAGUCUGUCUGGGAGGGGGUUGGUGCAAAGGCAGGCCUUAGUGUGUGCUUUCCCGCUCGCCCCGCAAGCUCACUGCACCAUACCAAACUGUAAAAGCCUUUCAAAGCCAAAGCCCUUUUCGGGAAGAAAAAUGGCAGCGGGGGAUGAUUUUGGCUAUCUUAUUCCUCCUCCCCAGGGUGAGAAGCACCGGCGGGCCCCUAACUGGACCGACGGCGAAAUGAAGGCCCUGCUCUAUGUUUGGGAGGAGAACCACAACGAGCUGAAAACCAGCAAGAGGAACGCCAAGGUUUACGAGAGGAUGUCGCAGCGCUUUUUCCAGCUGACGGGCGAGCAGCGCUUCAAAGAGGAGAUCAAGAUGAAGAUCACAAACAUGUCCUUCCAAUACAGGCGACUUAAAUCCAACGCCAUGGAAAGCGGCGAGACGCCCGACUGGCCCUAUUACAAGGCCAUCGAGAAGAUCCUAUCCAAGCCUUUGGAGGCGGGACGAGGCAACUGGAACGAGUCCCAAGCCGAAUCCCAGACCUCGGCGACCGCCGGAACUGCCUCCCAGGCCACCGACACCCCCUUGGCCCAGCCAGAGGAGGAGCUGAUGGGCUUCCUACCUGAGUACACCGGCUCCUCGGAUGAAAUGGAGGUCAAGCAGGAGCUGGACUCUUGGAGCUCUGACAGUGAGCACACGCGUGGCUCCAGCUCCCAUCCAGUUUCGAGCAAGCAAAAGAACACAAAAAGGCAGCAUUCCCUAAAGCGGAAGAAGCUGCAGCUGAUGCAGGCCAUGCUGCGGCAACAAAAGCGCUCCAAUCAAGCCAUUGAGGACACCUGCAGGGAAGUCCGGCGGGCCCUUCACCAGCAGAACCUGCUUCAGGUCCAAUCUAUGCAGCUGCAGGAACGCAUGAUGAACCUUCUGGAGAAGAUGAUUCUGCCAUCCUCUACGAGCGGGAAGAACCAAAUAGGAAAUUCCAGUGUAGCAUCCAUAUAAUUGUUUUUCUCUGUUUCGACUUUCAGCUAUUAGUUGCCCUACAAGCAAAAUACACGCAUGUAAAAAUGCAUGUGCUUGUUUGAAAUGCUCAAGAAUUAAACCAGAUAGUUUGACAUGA